GGUUGCUCCCAGAGUUUCGAACGUAAGCCGUUGAAAACGCCCUCUGAUAUAAAUUUAGAAAUUAACGUCUUCCCUGUUCAGUGAGCAAACGACAUUGGAGAAACUACACUGAGACUGGAAGCUGCGUCGUAACCUAUUUUUAUACGGUCUAUGGUCGUAACACUCAGAGAAGGAGGAAUUUCAGAAACCGGUACACGGGAUUGAGGCAUCACUUCUGGACCGGCACUUCUGAUAACUGAAACACUGCUAUGAGCUGGAACCUAAGGAGAACAGUCAUAUCCUUCCUUUGCCUGUUUUUCGAACUCCACUCAUUCUGCAACGGUGAAUUUGAGAUAAAGGUGCCCAGUGCGCCUCUAGUGGUCAUUCAUGGGCACAGCACGGUCCUGAGCUGCACCUUCCCUGUGAAUGGGGCCUUUGACCUGGGCAGCAGCGUCAUCACCUGGCAACGGCACCUGGAGGUGGUCCACAGCUUCUACCACAGCCGUGACCAGCUGGACCUGCAGAGCCGUCGCUAUGCCAACCGUACCAGCCUGUACCAUUCGGAGCUGGAGCGGGGAAACGCCUCCCUCCGGCUGGAUCGUACCACUCCUGAGGACGCGGGGGAGUACACAUGCGCCAUCAGCACACUGACCGGCAGCCAGAAGAAAUCCUUCCCUGUGAAAAUUGCAGCAUUCUACACGGAGCCCCACCUGCAGGUGAGCACGUCCCCCCAAAGCGUAGAGCUGAAGCUGACAUCACGGGGGUACCCCGCCCCAAAGGUGCGCUGGCUGGACGCCACGGGGGCGGAGCUCUCUAACGGAACGCAGACGCAGCUCCUGACGGACACACAGGGGCUCUACGUGGUGUCCAGCUCCCUGACCCAGGAGAGGGGGGCCAACUCCACCCUCACCUUCCUCCUGUGGAACAAGGACCUGCACCAGGAGAUCAGGAGGGAGUUCAGCCUGCUGGCAGCUGCCAUUGUCCUGCGUGAUGAGUCAAGGUCGGCUCUGUAUGCUCUCCUGUCUGUGGCCAUUUUAACAGUCCUGGGAAUUCUGGGAAUCAUCCUGUUCUUGAAGAAGAGCCGCUGUUUCCGUGGACCCGAUAGUACAGCCACUAGGGAAGAAAAUACCUCCCUGAAAACGACUCCCCAAAGCAGUGAACAGGAAUGGAAACCAAAGAACGGAGCAACUGUACUUUAUUGAAAUGCUGAACGUUAACCCUUUGAAGAGGUUUUUGGCAGUGGUUUUUUUUCUUCAACAUUCCAUGGAAGUGUUCUAUAACUCCAUUGAUUUCAGUUACCAGUACUGCUUGUUACAUCAGCAUUAGAAUGUUCAGUUAAGAACAUUGAGCCUCAUUCACCA